GCACCUUCUGGGGCCUUAUGGCUGCUGCUAGUGCCCAGCCGGUGGAGCUGGGCUUUGCGGAGGUGGCGCCCGCGUGGAGGUUGCGCAGCGAGCACUUCCCCAGCAAGGUGGGCGGGAGGCCGGCUUGGCUUGGCGGAGCCGGUCUGCCUGGGCCCGAGGCGCUGGGGUGUGCGCGCUGCGGCCGGCCUCUAGCCUUCCUGCUGCAGGUGUACGCCCCGCUGCCGGAGCGCCCGGACGCUUUCCACCGAGGCCUCUUCCUCUUCUGCUGCCGCGAGCCGCCGUGUUGCGCGGGCUUACGAGUUUUUAGGAACCAGCUACCAAGGAAAAAUGAGUUUUACUCUUAUGAUCCACCACCUGAGAACUCUUCCUCAGAAACAGAAUCUGUGUGUCUCCAGCUUAAGUCUGGGGCUCAUCUCUGCAGGGUUUGUGGCUGUUUAGGACCUAAAGCAUGCUCCAGGUGCCAGAACACGUAUUACUGCAGUAAGGAGCAUCAAACUCUAGACUGGAGGUUGGGACAUAAGCAGUUGUGUACAAAACCAGAUCAUUUGAACCAUACAGUUCCAGACCACAACUUCCUUUUUCCAGAAUUUGAAAUUGUAACAGAAACAGAAAAUGAGAUUCUGCCUGAGGCUGUAGAAAAGGAAGAUGACUAUGAGGUUAUAGGAAGCAUGGAUGAAGGACUUGAGGAAGAAUUGGAUUUUAUGGCAAAGCAUGAAUCCAGGGAAGAGUAUAUUUUCCAGAAGUUUAAAACUCAAAUAGCCCUUGAACCACAGCAGAUUCUCAGAUAUGGAAGAGGUAUUAAGCCUCUCUGGAUUUCUGGUGAAAAUAUCCCUCAAGAAAAAGAUAUUCCAGAUUGUCGCUGUGGUUCCAAGAGGAUAUUUGAAUUCCAGGUCAUGCCACAGCUGCUAAAUUACCUGAAGGCAGACAGACUGGGCAAGAGUGUAGACUGGGGUGUCUUGGCAGUCUUCACCUGUGCUGAGAGCUGUAGCCUGGGCACUGGCUACACAGAAGAAUUUGUGUGGAAGCAGGACAUAACAGACACAUCUUGAGGACAUCUUUAAUAAAAAUAAGUUACUGCCUUAUGCCUUACACUCCAUCUUUAUAGGACUUUAUCCCAGGGAAGUAACUACCAGAGAUGAAAGUAUGAAGGUGGUUUGCUAGAGCAAAAAACAUUCAAUGACAGAAAAUUAAGUAAAUUUUUGGUACAUCCACAUCAAAAGGCAAUAGUGUUAAUGGAUACCAAAUAACUGAGUUACAAAUUGGCAUCAUAAUAAUUGUAUUGGUAUUUCCAUAAAAAUAGCCAUACGUGUGUACACAGAAAUAAAGCUGGGAAGAUACUGUAUUAGGUAAAAUUAUAUUUUUACAUAUAUGUACAUUUUUUCCUAUAAUAAAAAUGGAUUGCGUGCCUAAUAAA